AUGGAUAUCAACGGUGCUACAACUCCCACAUCAACGACAACAACAAGUGUGCCUUCAAACGUCCGCGAUAAAUUAUCGAACAAAAUAAUUAUAAAAGCUCAAUUAAAUGAUGAUAUUCGAAAAAUAAUGAUACAUAACGAAGAAUUAACACUUGAUGAAUUAUCGUUGAUGAUGGAACGCGUUUUUGUGGGAAAAAUAAAUUCAACAGAUCAGCUGAUCAUUAAAUAUUUGGACGAUGAUGGCGAUAAAAUAACGUUAUUAACUGACAGUGAUUUGACAGUGGCGCUGCAUUUUCAUCAAAUAUUAAGAUUAUAUUUGUAUAUUGAUGGUUAUGAGACAACAGCCAAGGAGACAUCAAUCGAUGUAAAAACAUUUCGUCAUGAACUGCAGCAAAUACAGAGUUCUGUACAAACAAUAUUAGAUCGUUUACAAGCACAACCAGCAUUAUUGUCAAGAAAAACUAUAGAAAAUGAGAAAUCAUAUAAUACAGCAGUAGCUGAAUCUCACGAAAUACCAUUACAACAAACAGCACACAUUCAAGAAGAAUUUGAUCCAAAUAAACAACAACAACACCAACAACGAUCUGGAACACCUGAUAAUAUGAUAUCAAAGCCAUUAUUAUCGAAUACAGGGGCAAAUAACGAAGUACAAAAAGGAUUUGAAUUGGGUAAAAUAUAUUUAGAAUUUAUUGUGGAGGCUAUCAAGAGCAAAGGGUUUUUUUCUAUUCACCUUAAGAAAUGUUAUACUCAACAAACUGAAAGUGCUACUGAAUCGAACAAACCAUUGAGACCGCCACCAUUAUCAUCAAACUUAUAUAAUCAAACAAAUCCACUAUAUACGCAAAUGCCCUCAUUACCUCCACUGGCUAAAUUUAGUACAUCUGUACCCCAAUAUCCUCCAGAUCAUCAAAUGAUGCCCGAUUCGUCUCAGCAGUAUAUAGGACAAUCACAAACAUCUCAACAGCAAAGUCAGGAGCCAUCAUCGGCACUCUCAGCUUCUAUCGUUCAUCCGUACUAUCAUCAGCAAGCCGUAAACCAGCAACAACAAUGGCCAUCACAUUACAAUAUUUCACAACAUCCGUCUACAUCGAAUGAUCAAGGAUUUCAUGCAACACAGACAGCGCAACAAGCAUCUUCUGGAUCAUCUAAUUAUCCAUCCAAUUAUCUUGCAGCACAAGCAGCAUCGUCAAUACCCCCCGCUACGAUCCAACCAUCUUCCUAUAUGCCCCCCCAAGUGCCCGGUACUAUCGGCAUGGCACCACCAUCGCCUGGUAUGUUUAAUGCUGCAAAUCAACCUCCAAAUCCAUUUGCAGGUGGAAUGCAGUAUGGUCAGAGUAUACAGUAUCCAAAAGUGCCACAACAACCACCGCGAUAA